AAAAAGUUUUUCACUCAUUUCAACUCAUUUUACAGUCAUUUAUUUGUAAACACAAUUUUAAAAACCAAAGUUUGAGUUCAACAGAGGUAAAAAGUCAUAAAAAAAUGUAAAUAAUUUAUUUUAAAGAAAAUAUCGACAAUCGUCCUUAUUAAUUGACACGAGACACGAGACAAAACGUUAAUGAUUUAUUAAUUAUUAAUUAAUUAAUACUGUAAAAAGUUCAAAUGCCUCAUAAUUCCGUCUACAGGAUUUUGACACAGAAGAGAAAAAUCAAAAUAUUAUACGAAAUUUGGAAAAGGAAGUUUUAGUUUCAUUGUUUUUUUAAAAAGAUUAAUUCACUUGACUUUUAAUUGGUUUUAUAAUAAUGGAAAGGCCUGGGACAAAUGCCUCUGAACAUGUAUUAAAUAAUAAAACACACGAAAAUGAAUGUGUGAUAUUUUCUGAUUCUACAAAUAAACGAAAAGGAAAUGAUAAAUCAGUAGAUUGCGAAAAUAAAAAAAAAUGUCUAGCAAGAUCGUCAAGCACUACAUCAAACAAUAUCACGAAUCACUUGAAAGAAAAUUGGAAAUAUGAACAAAAAAUCUGUUCAGAAGGAUUCGAGAAUUUUUGUGAAAUUUGCCGAUAUAAAUACGAAAAUACCUGUCCAAAUCGAUUAAUAUCUUUUAUGUAUCAAUUGGAAUUAUCCGUUCUAUGCUUGCACAGGAAAUAUUCCUUUAAAAAAUCAUCAGAAUCAGUGAUAUUUCGCAAUUCCGUGAAUGGUCAAUUUAACAAUAUUGUCCUAUGCUUCGAGGGUGAUAAUUUUUGCAUAAAAGUACAACACGUCGACACAUUUUAUUCACCGAAAAGUCUAAAUUUCAAUUCAUUUUUCUCGUCGAUAAGUGGAAAUUUUACACUUUCGAAUUAUUUGAAUGAAUUUGCCGCUGAAUUGAUAUGUUAUUCAGAUUGUGUUACAGAUGCGCCGAAAUAUUUGAUAAUCUACACGAAUUCAGCGUUGGAUAUAGUGAAUGGAAAAUUUUUCAAUAAACCACAACCUGAAUUUUGUCACGUGAAUGCGAAGACACAGAAGGAUUUGUUUAAUUUAUUCAAGAGAGAUGGUGAAUUUUAUCAAUUUUCGAAUGAGAGGGAAACUCGGGAGUAUUUGAACGUUGCGGUGAAAUUCACAAGGGAUAUUGUUGAGCAGAUGGGGAUAAAUGGAUUUUUGGUGGAGGAGGUGAGAAGUGCUUUUUUUGAUCGAUUAAUAUUUGCUGUCAAUCAACCGAGUAUUGAGGAAUUGAUCGAUAUGGUUCGUAAAGAAGUUCUUGAGAGGAAUGAAGACUUUUUGAAAUUACGGAACGAAGUUAUGAGACAAUUGACAAUGGAGGAUUGUGAGAAGGAAUUUUUACAGUCAACUUUGUAUAGUUUUAAUCUCCUGAUGUAUUGUCUUCACAAUUUAUAUUUGAACAAGAUUUUUAGUAUUAAAUACGAGGAGAGGAAUGAGACUCAAAAUAUUCGGAUAGACAAUUUUUUCUUUCUCAAGGCACUCGAGUUCGAUAUCAGUAAAUUAUCGCCCGAAGAAUUCAUCAAGCAGAGGGAAAUAUUUUCCGUAAAUUCCCAUUUUUUGACAUUCCUUCAAGAGUUAAAUUGUGAUCGAAAUCACGAAUUUCCCGACGGAUUUCUUGUCGUCUACACAAAUGUGAGUUUGUCCCUUCUUGAGGAAUUGAUUCUAGGCAAUCGUUUGACAACAAAAGGAGAGGACGCAAAGUACAGACCGAAAUUUACCAGAAUUAACGCCGAGGAAAAAAGAUUCCGAACUUUGCGACAAUUCGUUAAAGAAAACUAUUUGUAUCAAUUCUCAGAGGGUGAGACGAGGAAAAAAUUGCUCGAUCUUCUGAACAUAACUCAAUGUUCGAAAAAAAUUACCAUUCAAAUCAAGAAUUUAUUCCUGGAUAAAAUCGUCUUCGCCGUAAAUCAACACACAUCGGAGGAAUUGUACAAAAAACUCGCGAACGAAAUCUCUGAUUCAAAAGUCUUCUACAAUUGUCAGGAUCUUUGUAAAAUUGGACUUCGUUCUCUAAAGUCGCACGAAUCCACUCCAAUGACUCGCGAACUGAUAAAAACACUGCUCUUCGAUCUGAGAAACAAUGAAAAAUCGGAGAAUAUUUUUGCUAAUUUCUUUCAGAAGGAAAUCGAUCUUGCGAAACAGGUCCUUCGACCCGAUUUGCCCGAAUUCGGUCAAUUCGUCGAUUUUUUGAUUAAAGGCAAGGGGAAGGAGUGUUUGGCAACAAUGCGGAAAAAUGGGAUCGAAAUACCCGCUUUCUUCACUAUUAUCCAAGGAUCGGAACCUUGGGAAGUGGAAAAUGUUUUUUUGGAUUUGUACAAAUUGUCAAUUGACGCGAGAGGGGAAAAAAGUGAUGUUUUUAAGUUUUUCGAAAUGAACGGAUUCUCGAUGAAUUGUCUAUCGAAAAUGUUGAGCGCCGCCGGUUCUAGGGGCGCGACAACUCUUUACGAUCUAUACCAACAAUUCUCGAAUAAUACGAAUUUACGAACUUUGAUGACACAUGGAAUGAAACCAUCAAGAAUAGUGACAUUCUUCGACAGAACAGGCGCCGAUUGUUGCGAAAACAUUAAAGAAUUCUACACCUUUUGGUUCGAUGACAAGAGUUCAAAGAAGAUGACUUUGAAGAAUUUGGAGACGAACGGAAUUCGUUUGUCGACCCUCAGUAAUAUUUUACAAAAAUCAGGGAACUAUUACAAAAAAUUGUAUCAUUGUUGGUUCGACAAGGGGGGCGAGAAAACGGUUCGUUUGAAGAAUUUAGAAAAAAUCGGCGUCCCACUGAGCAAAGUUUGCGCCGUCUUGAGGAAUUCGGGACAAAAUGCUUCUGACGCCUUUCGAAGGUUGUACGAUCUUUUCUUCGAGCGUUGUGGAAGGAAAACUCGUUAUCUAAAAAUACUCGAGAAGGAGAAAGUGAACGCUCUGAUGAUUUUGGAUAUUCUCCCAAAAACCGGUAUUGAGGUGGAGAAAAUUUUUCUCAAACUCUUCGGUCUUUGGUUUGAGAGAACAGGCGAGAGGACCGCAUCCUUGAAAAUUCUUCUAGCGAAUGGUAAAAAUUUGCCCCAUAUUUGUCGAUUUUUGUCCGGCUCCGGUGUCAAUUCGAUCGAGAAGUUUCAAUAUUUGCUGAAAACAGUGAAACCAAAGGUGAAUCUGACGGUGAAGAAAGAGAAGAUAAAAAUGGAAUUCAGUGAUCGUGAAAGUGGAAGUUUGACGGAAGAGGAAAUUAAGAAAGAAACGAUAAAUUUGGUCGUUGACGAUCAACCAGCUCGGGGAAUUAUCGAAUCGAAAGUUAUUUCUGACCAAGAAGUGAAGAAAGAAGUCGAAACCGAAGAAACGCUGAAGAAACUUGUUGGCAGGGAAAUAAAACUCGAAACUGUAUUAAAUCGAAGCAGUCAACUUGUCAAGGAAAUGAAUCCCGAGUUAUUAAAUCAAACCAAGAAAUUUGUUUCCAAAGAACUUGACAAAAUCGAAAAAGUGCAAAUAAAUUCCAAAUCGACUACUAAUUGCACUUCAGUUUCGGAUUCCUUCCAAGUUGAGUCAUUUUCAAGAAUUAUCUUCGACCCAAUUAGUUUGGAAUACAAAACCUUGUUUGAAUUCUUGCUUCAAAAUUUGAAAAGCCAUUUUGGAAUUCUGGGAAUUCUUCAAAACGAGAACAUAACCUACAAACAAGUAGCGAACGUUUUGAAAGGUUGUGAAACCGCGACUGAAGUAAUAAAAACCCUCAACGAAUUGUAUUCCUUCUGGUUCGACAAUAACGGCGAAAUGAAACCUUGCCUACGGAUUUUAGAAAAUAAUUCCAUAAAAUUAUCGGAGAUUGUAACAAUUUUCAACGAAUCGGGAAUAAAUGCAGUGGAAGCUUUUCAAAAUCUCCAUCGUCUUUGGUUUGACGCGGCAGGUGAUAAAACUCGCUACCUAACCUCAUUUGAAGAAAACGAAAUAAGCGUCAAAACCAUAAGCGCUGUUUUUAAAGCAUCAGGCCGAUUUGCUGCGGAAACAAUUCAGGAAUUCUACGAUUUAUUCUUCGAUCCAAUUGGUGGAAAAUCGAGAAACCUGAGAAUUCUUCAAGCCGAAAGGAUCAAUUUACAAUCAAUUUUUGCCAUCCUAGAAAAUACGGGUCCAAAAGCAAGCGGGACUUUUCGACAAUUAUUUAAUGUUUGGUUCGAUUUGAACAAGAAGAGCGAACGUCUAGUCGAAUUGGAAGAAACCGGAAUCGGUUUAAACAUGAUUGUAAAAUUUCUCCAGAAAAAAGGACUGAAUGCUAUCGAAACUUUUGAGAGUUUGUAUAAAUUUAUAUUCGCAACGGAAAAUAAGGAAUGUUUCAAAAAUUUAGAAAAAGAGAUCCCUCUGAGUGCUGUAUUCGAAAUUAUAACCGAUUUCGACGUUCAGAUGUUUAAAAAAUUAUACCAAGUUUGGUUCGACGGGAAAGGUGACAAAACACCAAGUCUUCAGCUACUGGAAAAAAAUGGAGUAAAUCUAAAAAUUUUAUCGACCACCCUCAAAGGUUCAGGCCUACAAUCUUUUUACUUUUACGAAAAAUUGAACAUUUCCUUGUUCGAUGAGAAGGGACAAAAGACGGAGAGAAUGAAAAAUAUUGAAAGUGUCACCGAAUUGAAAUCAAUGUUAGAAAUGAUAAGUGGAGCAAAUGAGAGAAUUAAUGAAGCAUUUGAGAGUUUGUACAAACUGUGGUUUGAUGAGAAGGGAAAAAAAUCGAAUUGUCUUUUAAUUUUGGAGAAGAAGAAUAUUGGUUUAGAGGAAGUUUCGGUUUUAUUGAGUGGAUCUGGAAUUUUAGCUGUUGGUAAAUUCAAAAAACUUUGCCUCAUUGUUGGACACAAUAAUUUACCGAAAAUUGAGUUAAUUGAGAACUUUAAAAAAUAUUAUCUAAACAAAAGUGUUUGAUUAUUUGUUAUACUCAAAAGAUAAUGAGGAAUUGAUAUUAUUAUUUCUAUAUUUUUAUCUAUAAUUUUGUUAAUAUGUAGCGAUAAAGUUUUAAGUUCGCUAAAAGGAAACGAAAAAAAGUCAUUGUAAAUGUUGUAUUAUAUACAAUAAAUUAUCUUAAAUUAUUGUUCAUUUUUUUUGUUAAUAAAAGAUGAAUAUAUUAUUUGAUAUUAAA